AUGUCUAUCCUCUGUAUUGCUCGUGUAGAUCAGUCGGAGCGAGGGGUACUUCAGAGCUGCGGGAAAUUCUCAAGGAUCCUUGAUCCUGGUUUGAGCUGCAUCUACUGGCCAUGGCAGGCUGUGAGCAAAGUAAGCAUGAAGGUCGUAACGCAGAUUGAUGUGAAAACAAUGACCAAGACUAGGGACAACGUCACGGUCACAGUCACUUGUGCAGUUCAGUAUGCCGUUAACCCACAAGAGUGUGAGAAAUUCUACUUCAAACUGCGCGAUCCGCACAAGCAGAUAUCUGCGUUUGUGGAUGACUGUAUUAGGUCGCACAUCCCCUCGAUGAGUUUAGACGAAGCCUUUGAGGCGAAGGAGACUCUUGUAGAUGCGGUCAAGAACAAGCUGCAUGAGUCGAUGAGAGCCUACGGGAUCAUCGUUCAUCAGGCUCUUGUAACGGACAUGAAGCUGGAGCAGAGCAUUAUGAUGGCCAUGAACACGAUCAACGCUGCUCGUCGGAAUCGGGAGGCGGCGAUAGAAAUAGCUGAGGGCAACAAGAUACUUCAGGUGCGAGCUGCAGAGGCUGACGCAGAUGCGAAGUACCUCAGUGGGAAAGGGAUAGCAUUGAUGAGGGAAGCAAUCUCAAAUGGGUUCAAGAACAGCAUUGAAUCGAUGAAGUCCAGGUGUUGUGGGCUUGAACCGAGUGAAGUGGUGGAGAUGAUGCUUGUCACGCAGUAUAUGGACAUCUUGAAGGACUUUGCUCGUUCUGGUGUGAUCGUUGAAGUUACUUGA